CCACAUCAGUCAAGAUGGAAUACCUGCGCCUCUGUCUGGUUAUUAUUUCGCUAUUCUUCGGUUUAGUCAGUGCCCAAACAGCUUUAGGUGAGAUGCCCACAUUCACUGGCGUGUGCCAGUUGCAAGGGGACUGGUGCACCACCAAGUGCCAAACAGCCGGUGGCCGAGAUGGCCGGUGCAACAAGGUGGGCCUCUGCGUCUGCAAUCCCUUGUAGUGGCGGUGGCGGUUAGACAAAUCGCGUUUACAAAACGAAAUCGAAAUAAACAUAUUUACAAUUGA